UGGAGCUGUAGAUCCAGAGGCACUGUGCUGUGUUCUUGCCGAGCAGAGGCGAGGCGCUUGGGUGGUUGUAUUAAAGAAGGCAUACGACCCGGCAGAGCAGGUGUUCUUUGUUGCAGAGACUCGUGGAUAAGGACCUUGCAGCUAGCUGCAGUGGGAGGUCAGUGAAGGAGUCUCAGUUCACGAUAUUUCCUGCUGCAGAGCGCACUUUAAGCAAGGAAGGCUUUCCUUGGCUUCUGCCUGCAUUCCAUAAAAUACUCAUUGCCUUUUCGGCUUAUUCUGUCACUGUGCUGAGGAGCACGGUCAAGCAUUCUGAGUGAAAGGACCUGAGUGGUUGAUUCCUGAGUCUUUCUGUCAGCAAGACUCUAUUCUAUCCUCCCGCUUGAAGGAUUGUCUGAGAAAAAAAAAUCUCUGCCUGCAGUUAAGCACAAAGACCUGAAGGAGACUCCCACAGCCUUCAGGGAGAAGAAAGGAGGCACCCAGCCGAUUAAAAGGAACUUGUGGCUUGUGGCCUUUUUGCGCAGGGGCCGCCUGGAGGGAGAGAAAAGUGCGCUGAAGCCAGGGCGGCAGUUAGUGAGCUGUGAGAUGAGGAGCAGCUGCGGCUGACACCGCUUCCAGUAUCCUUCGUCUGCCCUUUGUGUUUCGUGUACAUGUGUCUGUUCAGGCCGGCCGGAGGCGCCCAGAAGAGCAUCCACCACGGCUGCCGGGGAAAGACCGCCCACCAUGCCCACGGAGACGCUACAGACAGGUAGCAUGGUGAAGCCGGUCAGCCCUGCGGGCACCUUCACGUCCGCGGUGCCCCUGCGCAUCCUGAACAAAGGACCCGACUACUUCCGCAGGCAGGCCGAGCCCAACCCCAAGAGACUCAGUGCAGUGGAGCGGCUGGAGGCUGACAAGGCCAAGUAUGUCAAGAGCCAGGAGGUGAUCAACGCCAAGCAGGAGCCGGUGAAGCCGGCUGUGCUGGCCAAGCCCCCGGUGUGCCCAGGAGCCAAGCGCACACUGGGCAGCCCCACUCUCAAGGUGUUUGGCAACCAUGCCAAGACCGAGAGCGGUGUGCAACGAGAGACCCUCAAACUCGAGAUCCUCAAGAACAUCAUCAAUAGCUCCGAGGGCUCUAGCUCUGGCUCUGGCCACAAGCACAGCUCUCGAAACUGGCCUCCUCACAGGGACGCCACUGACCUGCACCGGCACUCCUUCGCUGAGUCGCUGAAGGUAUACCCUACGCCUGGGCGAGGUAGCCCACAGGAGAGCAGCUCCCACGUGAGCAGGAGACUGCUGGAGCAGUCGGCAGACUCCUUCCUGCACGUCUCACACAGUUCCUCAGACAUCCGCAAAGUGACCAGCGUGAAGCCCCUUAAAGCCAUCCCCUGCAGCAGUUCUGCCCCUCCCUUGCCUCCCAAGCCCAAGGUGGCUGCCACGAAGUCCCCUGAGGCUGACCAGGUGGAACCAGCCUGUGGGGUCAGCCGGAGACCUUCCCUUCAGCGAUCCAAGUCAGACUUGAGUGACAGGUAUUUCCGAGUAGACGCAGAUGUGGAGAGGUUCUUCAACUACUGCGGACUCGACCCGGAAGAGCUGGAAAACCUUGGCAUGGAGAACUUUGCAAGGGCUAACUCUGACAUCAUAUCCCUCAACUUCCGCAGCGCAAGCAUGAUCAGCUCAGACUGUGAACAGUCUCAGGACAGUAACAGUGACCUUAGAAAUGAUGACAGUGCCAAUGACCGGGUGCCAUAUGGCAUUUCUGCCAUCGAGAGAAAUGCUAGAAUCAUCAAGUGGCUAUAUAGCAUCAAACAGGCUAGGGAGUCACAGAAGGUGUCCCAUGUGUAAGGGGCUUUAGUGGCGGAAAGGAGGGAGGGUGGGUCUGUCUGUGCAUACACAGUUGUGAAGGUUGUGAGGUCUCCUUGAAGUGUUGUGAGCUUCUCCACUCUUUGUGUUGCUUGUUGUGCAAUGUUCUCAAGUUGCAUGCCUGUCAACAUGGCGCCUGGCCUGGCUUCCUCCUCACCUCUCUGCAGAGUCUUGCUGAACACUCAUCUGCCAAAAGUUUUCCAGCCAGAAUCUGACUGCCUAGGGCGUUGCUCUUAAGCAAAACUGUUUACAGGAGGGGAAAAAAAAAAAAGUUUUCAGUUUCUUCAAUAUUUAUGUGGUUCUUGUGUUUUUAUACCCCGCACUGUUGUGUCUUAAUUAAAAAUUUUAUCAACUGGC